ACGACAACCAUAGUGACUCUUGGGAUCACCGGUAAGGGCAGAUCAUCGGUAUACCAGAGCUGCCCACCAUGUUUUCUGCACGCAUCUCUCGGUCCCUUCCAUUGCUUGCUGGAAGGACGUCCGUGGCGUCUCUUACCAGGGCGUCACCACUCGCAGCAACCGCACUCCGCUACGCCCACCGCUCCACUGCUGACUCUGUGACGGUCCGUGCUCGCAGAGAACAGCAGCGUCUCAACGAUGACCCGGAAAAGGCUAUCAAAAUGCCUGUUCUUGACCGUGCCGCCCAGGAAAUGUUCCUUACCGAGAUUAUUCGCACGAUGUGGCUCGUCCUUGAGCAAAUGUUCAAGCCUCCUUAUACCAUUAUGUACCCUCAGGAGAAAGGCCCUCUUAGCCCGCGGUUCCGAGGAGAGCACGCUCUGAGGCGGUAUCCCACAGGAGAAGAGCGUUGCAUUGCAUGCAAGCUUUGCGAAGCUAUUUGCCCGGCGCAAGCCAUUACCAUUGAGGCCGAGCCGCGUGAAGACGGGAGUCGUCGCACGACUCGUUACGACAUUGACAUGACUAAGUGCAUUUACUGCGGAUUUUGCCAGGAGGCAUGUCCUGUUGACGCUAUUGUUGAAUCUCAAAACUUUGAAUUCACUACCGAAACCCGCGAAGAAUUGCUUUACAACAAGGAAAAAUUGCUGGCGAAUGGAGACAAGUGGGAGGCUGAGCUCGCACGCAACCUGAAGGCAGACCACCUUUAUCGAUAAACUCCGCGACAACAGAAGUUGAUGGAUUACACAUAUGUCGGAAACUAUGGCGCUACGCUACGGGCUUUUUGUUAGAUCCUAAAUGGACAGGAAGUUUGUAGGGCGGGUGCGAAGCUCUUAAAAUUAUAUCACAAAACAAUAUUUACCGUGCCUCUUUAAUCAAUGAUUAUGCCUAUCACUAAGAUGAUGCGGCCAGCGCUGUAGAAACUACUCUGUCAUCUUUAGAGGUAUUCCUUUCAGUGAAC